UGUAUAUUUUUUUUAUUCUUUUAUUUUGGAAAUCAAUCAUUAUAUUAUAGAAAAUUAAGGGGUGAAUAUACAAAUCCAAAAAGUUGAUUUAAUUUUUAUUAAGGCCAACUGAAGGAAGCAACGUGAUCCGAGUAAAAUCUGGUGCGUCUCGAGAAAAUAAAAACCAAACCAUGUGUAUGGUUGAGAUUGGAGAGAUCCAAGAAGUGAAACUUGAGAGGGACACCCAAACAUUUUUAAUUAAAAACCAAAAACCGAAAAAACAGUACAAGAAGAACUCCCUCUCCUAAUUCAUUGCCAUUGACAUGAAAUCAGGUCUUCAAAAUUCUUGUUUGGAAACCUGAUUUCAUAUCAUUAAAAGAAGAAAAGGUUGAGAAGGAGAAGAUGGGGUGCUCAUUUUCUGGUUUGAAUGCUCUAUACGACGCUGUGAACGGGGGAGGAGACGUGUGGAUCAAUGAGAACCGGUUCAGGAUCUUGAGGCAGCUCGGGGAGGGCGGCUUCGCCUACGUUUUCCUCGUCAAGGAGGUGCUCUCAGAUUCCGCUUCCGCCUCUGCUGCUGGCUUGGCUAAGAAAGUCAAGGACUCCUCUCAUCUCUCUGAUGAUGGCACUUAUGCUAUGAAAAAGGUUCUCAUUCAGAAUACUGAACAGUUGGAGUUGGUCAGGGAGGAGAUCCGUGUUUCAUCGCUAUUCAGCCAUCCGAAUCUGCUUCCACUUCUUGAUCAUGCUAUCAUUUCUGUUAAGUCUACACAAGAAGGAUCUAGGAACCAUGAAGCAUACUUGUUGUUUCCAGUUCAUUUGGAUGGAACGUUACUGGACAAUUCCAAAGCCAUGAAAGCUAAAAAGGAGGUUUUUUCUACCUCAGAUGUUCUUCAUAUAUUUCGGCAGCUUUGUGCAGGACUCAAGCAUAUGCACAAUUUUGAUCCUCCAUAUGCACAUAAUGAUGUCAAACCUGGUAAUGUUCUUAUAACUCAUAGAAAAGGACAACCACCUCUUGCCAUAUUAAUGGACUUUGGCAGUGCUCGACCUGCAAGGAGGCAAAUUCGUUCCCGUUCAGAGGCGCUACAGUUGCAGGAAUGGGCAUCUGAGCAUUGUUCGGCUCCUUUUCGAGCUCCUGAGUUAUGGGAUUGCCCCAGCCAUGCAGACAUUGAUGAGAGAACUGAUAUUUGGUCAUUAGGAUGCACUUUGUAUGCAAUAAUGUAUGGGAUAUCUCCAUUUGAAUAUGCGCUUGGAGAAUCUGGAGGGAGCCUACAGUUGGCCAUUGUAAAUGCACAGGUAAAGUGGCCGGUUGGACCUAAGGCUCAAUAUCCAGAAGCUCUUCACCAGUUUGUGACGUGGAUGCUUCAGCCCCAGGCUGCAGUCCGCCCUCGCAUAGAUGAUAUCGUAAUUCAUGUCGACAAGUUGAUUGCAAAGUUCUCUAAUUGAGACUAUUGAAAUGAAACACAUUGGAGUGUGAUGUAGGUGUUGACUAUGCAAAUAUCAGCAGAUUGGAUUAUUAAUGUUUCUUCAGAGUGAUAAUGGCAACGAAAGAAAUAGCAAUUCAUGUCAGUGUUACACAGAUUACCUUUUUGGAGUAGUUUUGGCGGUCGUGCAUUUGGUUUAAUUUUAUUGUGUUGUUCUAUCACAGCCAUCUAGUGAUAUCUCUUCACUCUUGCAAUGUACUAAAGUGCUACUCUCCCCUUUCCCCUUGAUUAGAUUUUGUUUGCACAAUUA